AUGGUCAAUCCAUCAAUUGCAAGCAACCGUACUCAUUGCAUUCUACAUGCAGCGAAGGAGGGCAAAUAUGCCGUUGGUGCGUACAACUGCUACAAUGGUGACGGUGUGAUGGCUGUUAUUCGUGCUGCAGAGGCCAAAGGAUCAACGGCUAUUAUUCAGCUUUUCCCCUGGACCCUGCAUUUCCAAGGCCCCGAGUUUGUCCAUUAUGUAGUCAACUCUGCCCAUGCCGCCUCGGUCCCCAUUGCAGUGCAUCUUGACCAUUGCAUCAAGCCCGAGGACGUGGAAUUAGCCCUGACUCUCCCUUUCGAUUCUAUCAUGAUUGACGGUUCCGCUAUGGAAGAGGCGGAGAAUGUUGCAAUCUGUGCACGGAAUAUCAAGCGGGCACACGAGCUGGGAAUUUCUAUUGAGGUAGAGAUGGGGCGGAUAGAGGGCGGCGAGGAUGGCCUGCCCAACGUGGACCUAGGGACCAUCUUUACAAAACCCGAGGAUGCUAAACGGUUUAUGGAAGCGACUGGUGCCGACUUCCUUGCUCCAAGCUUCGGCAACGUUUAUGGAGGCUACGGAGACGGGGGCGCUGAAAGGUCGUGGGACUUAACUCUUCUCAGGAAGAUUGCGAAGACUGUCGAGCAGCCACUUGUGCUGCACGGAACACAUCCAGUUGAGAAUGAACUGUUCCUCAAGGCAAUUGACUGUGGGGUUUCGAAGAUCAACGUCAAUCGAACAGUGCGCGAUGAUUAUACAAAGUUCGUCGCCGAGAAUGCUGGCAAAUUAGAGUUGACAGUGCUUAAGGUCCAGGCUGUCGACAUUUACACCAAGUCUGUCCAGCGCGUUAUGGACCUUUUCGGAUCUUCUGGCAAAGCAUAA